AUGAUACUUGAAGGACUCCGAACCUGCCACGCCUCCGGAGUAGAGCAGGAGUGCCGCAGUUCCGCGUCGACCACAAUGUCAAGCUUUCAUGCUCUCCCCUCGUUUUCACCGCCCUCCCCUCAUUUUCACCCCCCUUUCCUCAUCGUUUCCGCUCUCCCCUCAUCUUUUCCGCUCUCCCCCUGCUCUCCCCUUUGCUCUCCCGCUCUCCCAUCUUACCCUCUCCCCCCAUCUUCCCCUCUCUUCCCCCAUCUUCCCCUCUCUCCCCCCAUCUCCCCGUCUCUCUUCCCAUCUUACCCUCUCCCCCCAUCUUCCCCUCUCUUCCCCCAUCUUCCCCUCUCUCCCCCCAUCUCCCCGUCUCUCUUCCCAUCUUACCCUCUCGCUUCCCAAGGGGGUGAAUCCCCUUGGGUGGUUGAUUUUAUGAUAAGGGUGCUGAUUCUCCGUGAGUGA